UGUGUUUAAAGUUCAGUCAACUCAUAUGUUUGUAUAAACAAAACGUUUUUAGUUGAGUUUCGUUGAUAUUUUAUAAAAUAAUGAGUUCAAAAGAUAAAGAAUCGUCUUCCAAGAAGCGAUAUAUCAAAAAUAAUUCAAAUAGUGGAUCUGAUUCAGACGACAACUAUGUUCCUUAUGUACCUGUCAAAGAACGUAAAAAACAAAAAUUAAUGAAAUUAGGACGACUAGGACAACUAAAAGAGGAAGGAUGUGGAUCUGCAGGAAAAAGUAGCAGUGAAAACGAGAGAGAUGAAGCUGACGAAGACGAGGGACAAGUGUGGGGUAGAAAAUCAAACAUUUCACUCUUAGACCAACAUACAGAGUUAAAAAAAUUAGCUGAGGCUAAAAAAGAAAGUGCAUUGGAAAAACAAUUGAAAGAAGAAGAAAAAAUUCUUGAAAGUGUUGCUGAAAAUAAAGCGUUGAUGGGAGUAGCAGAGUUAGCGAAAGGUAUUCAAUAUGAUGAACCAAUAAAAACUUGCUGGCGUCCACCAAGAGCAGUUAUAGCACUUGGUGAAGCAAGACAUGAAAGAAUUAGAAGAAAAUUGAGGAUUUUAGUAGAAGGUGAUAAUGUGCCACCACCAUUAAGAAGUUUUAAAGAAAUGAAAUUGCAUCGCGGAAUACUUCAUGGCUUAGAAAAAAAAGGUAUUGUUAAACCUACACCUAUUCAAGUUCAAGGAAUCCCAACUGUUUUAUCUGGUCGUGAUAUGAUUGGAAUAGCUUUCACUGGCAGUGGUAAAACGCUAGUAUUUGUACUUCCACUAAUAAUGUUUUGUUUGGAGCAAGAAGUUGGAAUGCCAUUUAUUCGCAAUGAAGGUCCAUAUGGUCUAAUUAUUUGUCCAUCUCGAGAAUUAGCUAAACAAACGUAUGAUAUUAUUCAAUAUUACACAAACUGUUUGCGAGAACAUCAUUGUCCAGAAAUAAGAAGUUGUCUCGCUAUUGGAGGUGUUCCAGUAUCUGAAUCACUAGAUAUAAUUAGUAAAGGUGUGCAUAUAAUGGUUGCAACUCCAGGAAGACUUAUGGAUAUGUUAGAUAAAAAAAUGGUGAAAUUGAAUGCAUGUCGUUACCUCUGUAUGGAUGAAGCUGAUCGCAUGAUUGAUAUGGGAUUUGAAGAAGAUGUUCGUACGAUAUUUUCUUUCUUCCGUGGUCAAAGACAAACUCUUCUAUUCUCUGCUACUAUGCCGAGAAAAAUUCAAAACUUUGCUCGAUCAGCUUUAGUUAAACCUGUAACGAUUAAUGUCGGACGUGCUGGUGCAGCUUCUAUGAAUGUUAUUCAAGAAGUUGAAUAUGUCAAGCAAGAAGCUAAAAUAGUUUAUCUAUUAGAGUGUUUACAAAAGACUACUCCUCCAGUAUUAAUUUUUGCUGAGAAAAAACAAGACGUGGAUGCUAUUCAUGAGUAUUUGUUACUCAAAGGUGUUGAAGCAGUUGCUAUUCAUGGUGGUAAAGAUCAAGAAGAACGAUCUAGGUCUGUUGAAGCUUUUCGUGCCGGUCGGAAAGAUGUUUUAGUUGCCACUGAUGUUGCAUCUAAAGGUUUAGAUUUUGCUAAUAUUCAACAUGUUAUUAAUUAUGACAUGCCUGAUGAUGUAGAAAAUUAUGUUCAUCGUAUCGGAAGAACAGGACGAUCGGGAAAAACUGGAAUAGCUACAACAUUCAUUAAUAAAUCAAAUGAUGAAUCUGUUUUAUUAGAUUUGAAACAUUUAUUAAUGGAAGCAAAACAAAGAGUUCCACCAUUCUUAUUAGAACUUUGCUCCGAAAAUGAGAAGUAUCUUAACUUGGGAGAUGAGCGUGGCUGCAGUUAUUGUGGUGGUCUUGGUCAUAGAAUUACUGAAUGUCCUAAAUUGGAGGCCAUACAAAAUAAACAAGCUUCUAAUAUCGGCCGACGUGAUUAUUUGGCAAGCAAUGCUGCUGACUAUUAAAGUCUUUAUGUUAUUGUUAUUGUGGAUAUGGAAAACUAUUUAUUUUAAGAAAGACAAUUGUCAUCAAGUUUUAGUAUCUACGUAUGUAUAUAUUUAGUAUUAAACGAAUAGGAAUAUUGUAUAUACCAUAGACAUGAGAAAACGGAGUAAACUAUGAUAAGAUAGUCAAUGAAUUUUUAAAAACAAUAUACACAAGUACAAUUUUAUUGAUUGAAUCGGAUUAAAAUAAAUUUUUAUUCAAUAUAAA